GAAUUUGUUAUGAAAAGAUUGCAUCAAAAUAAAAAGCGUGUUUGCAUUCCAAUUGAUGAAAAAUCAGAAACAAAUGAUGAAAAUGAUGAAAUAAAUGGUGAAAUUACUGAAAAAUUAGAGACUAGGAUAUGGACGAUAAAGGAUUUUGAUAUUGGCCGUCCGCUUGGCAAAGGAAAAUUUGGAAACGUAUUUCUCGCUCGAGUUCGUGGCGUGAAUUUCAUCAUUGCUUUGAAGAUGAUGUUUAAGUCGCAACUGGUUAAAGCCAAUAUGGAACAUCAACUUCGAAGAGAAAUUGAGAUUCAAGCACAUUUGAGACAUCCAAAUAUUUUACGAAUGUACAACUAUUUUUAUGAUGAAAAAAAAAUUUAUCUUAUUCUGGAAUAUGCAUAUGGAGGAGAAUUAUAUAAACAUCUUCAAAAAUGUGGUCGAUUCACUGAAGAUAAAGCUGCAAAACUAAUAUAUCAAUUGAGUGAUGCUUUAAUAUAUUGUCAUGGGAAACGAGUUAUUCAUCGCGAUAUUAAGCCAGAGAAUCUAUUAUUAGGUUAUAAUGGUGAAUUAAAGAUCGCAGAUUUUGGUUGGUCAGUUCAUGCACCAUCAUCGAGACGUGCGACUAUGUGUGGAACGCUUGAUUAUUUGCCACCAGAAAUGAUUCGAGGCGAUUGUCAUGAUGAAAAAGUUGAUUUAUGGUCACUGGGUGUACUUUGUUUCGAAUUAUUGGUUGGUAAGCCGCCAUUUGAAAGUAGAACAAGUAAUGAAACUUAUCAUUUGAUUAGUAAAGUCUGUUUUGAAUUUCCAGACUUUGUUCCGGAUGGUGCUCGCGAUCUAAUCUCUAAAUUACUAAAAAAAGCGCCUAAUCGACGAUUACCUCUAGCGAAGGUUAUGAAACAUCCAUGGAUUGUACAGUUUGUUGAAUCUUGA